AUUGAAUCUUCGGGUUUAGAUAUUACGCAAGGAGCUCUCAAAGUUAUCAAUGUGGCCGCCAAUGUAACACCUUUUGAUCGUGCGCAAAGUGCUGAACUUGCGCUUAAAUCAUUAAACAAAAAACAGCAAGAAAAUAAAGAAAAUUUUCGCAAAAAAGAAUAUUAUCAUGCUUUCCUUAGGUUCGAGAUGGUAUUGCAACAAAUUAAAGAUUUUGCCAUAGAUGUUACACAACUUCAAGGAUUUGAAAAACUUUUUAAAGCAAACUUAGUUUCGGAAAAAUUCACACAAUUAACAAAUGACUUUGAUAGA